AUGCCGAACCAACCUACAAGGACCGUGGCCUACGGCCGAGUCCAUGAUCUACAACACGUCUCCGUAACACAAUUAACCAACACCAAUGGUUACUGGGUGAUCUACAUCCACGGCGGCGCCUGGCGUGACCCAACAGUAACAGCGGACUCAUUCAAAGCAACUGAAGACAUUCUGCGCAAAACACCAGGCCUCCCCAUCGCCGGAUUCGCAUCAAUCUCCUACCGUCUGAGCGCACACCCAAAUCACCCCCAAGACCCAACCCGCACCGGAACGAAAGAAUACCGUGAUGCAACGCACCCAGAUCAUAUCCGCGAUGUAGAGGCUGCGCUGGCCUUUCUUCAGAAUACAUACGCCUUUGGCGGGCGCUAUAUUCUUCUUGGGCAUAGUUGCGGCGCGACGCUGGCGUUCCAGGCUGUUAUGGGAGCUGUUGCGGGACACCGUGAGCAGGCGUUCAAGGGUGCCUUGAAUAAUACUGAUGUUCAUAUCGGGCCUGUGUCUACUUCGCCUGGCCCAUUGCCGCCGCGCUUGACUGUGCAGCCUACUGCUAUUGUGGGUGUUGCUGGUAUCUAUGACUUGAGGCGUUUGCGCGAUAGGAACGCUGGGAUUGAUGCGUAUCGCGAGUUCAUCGCGGGCGCAUUUGGGGACGAUGAGUUGCUUUGGGAUGCGGUCUCGCCGGCGCAGAUGGUUGGGUCGCGGGGUGUCGAGGGUGGUUGGAGAUCUGGGCGGUUGGCUGUUCUGGCGCAGUCCAAGGAGGAUGAACUCGUUGAUGGGUCUCAGGUUGAGGCUAUGGAGGAGGCCCUGAGACGGUGGGAGAAUGUUGAGGCUCAGGUUCCUGUGCAUGAGUUGUCUACGAAGGACCGUAGAGUGCGGGUGUUGUCGAUCAGCGGUGAGCAUGACGAGGCGUGGGAGAAGGGGGACCAGCUUGCUCGUGCAGUGAUCUAUGCGUUCGAAGAACUGCAGGCGAUGGGCCUGACUACUUGA